GAGAGAGAGAGAGAGAGAGAGAGAGGAGAGAGAGAGAGAGAGAGAGAGAGAGAGAGAGAGAGAGAGAGAGAGAGAGAGAGAGAGAGAGAGAGAGAGAGAGUGUGAAAAAGAGAGACAGACAGAAUAAGCAAGAACAUGAUUUGCACCACGUACCUCCUCAUCCCCGUCUGCCUCGCCCUCACCGCUGCCACGCCGCUUGAGGACAGCAACCGCGCCCUCAGCGAAGCCUCAGACACAGAGAUCACUCCCUCGAGGCCUCCGGAAGACCUCAUCCUCGAGGACGACGCCGAAGAAGCUCCUGGCGCAGAGGAGACUCCCGGGACAACUGGCAGUUCCUUCUUGGCGAAUGCGCGGCAGAAUAAUUCCACCUUCUCCAAGAGCACAACGGUGAAGGAGGACAAGCACUACAGUCUCAGAAUCGUCGAAGAGAACGGCGUCAGAUACUAUGACGUCUCGGCGGAGGUGGACUCGUCCUGGAGGCGAACGGCCAGAACGUGACGGGGAUCACAGCCGCGGGUCCCGAGUGCCGUCUGGAGAACUUGGAGCUCCUGGCGGGGUACGUCCUGAACGAAGAUCUCCUGGACAAGUGCAAGAACCUUCGGAAUGUGACCUUGGCUGAAGGAAGUUACUGGAAGUGCGUCGGCAAUCUCUCUCGCUUCGUGGAGGCGCUGGGAGACAGGGUGUCCUACGAGAAAGCUUUGUGCGCGGAUAUUAAGUGCACGAGUUACCUUGAACACAAGAGUUGCGAACUCGUAACGGGGAUGAACAUCACGAAGAUGUAUAGUAUCAAGGAGGAUGAAUGUCCUGCAAUUUGCGCGUGUUCCUUGAGACUCUGGAAUGGUGAGUUCUGGUACACGGUGAACUGUGCUGAGUUGAACAUCACGGACGAAACAUUACCCUCUUUUCCACCAGGUACAACGAACCUAAUUCUCUCUCAAAACCAGCUGAGGUCCACCAGGCGCCUGUUUGCAAGCUUGAAGGAACUCAAGAACUUGCUGAUUGUGUACCUGGGCGAUAACCAGCUUGACUCCCUUCCCUACUUCCAUGCCGGAUCCUUCACCAAACUCAAGCAAAUAUUCCUCAACAACAACAACAUAAAACAGCUCGACGAUGAAGCGGUCAAGAGCAUGGUGGAUGUGAACGAAAACUUCCGAGUCGGGCUUUUCGGAAACCCAAUCGUGUGCGGAGAAGAAAUAAAGAAAAUCAACGUUCUCCAGCUGUCUAACUACUUUGUGAUCUCGGAUUGGAAGAAGAUUAAGUGUACUGAGGGUGAGAAGGAAUACUUCGUCAAGUUCUACAUGAAGGCGGCGCCGCUGGCCCGCUUCGAGUUCGACCCGUUGAUAAUGUACCUCUGCUUCCUGUGCGCCAUGAACGUGUUCCUCGUGUACGUGAUCUACGACCUGUGGAUGGCCAAGAGGGAGAUGAGGAAGACCAUGACGGCGAGGAGGCCGCUGCUCGACAGGAUCCUCAGCGGACUCACCGUCGGAUGCAGGGCCCUCUACAGCCGCUCCUUCUGGCGCCCUGAGGAGGAGUCCAAAGGGUCCACCGACGCCUUCUACAAGAGCCCGGACCAGGUCGCCAUCAGGAAGAGGACGCCCAAAGCCGCCCGUGCCAAUGCUUCUGAGACGGACGUACCCUGACGGUGCACCACGGGGUCCUCAGCAGAUUGUGAAUACUUACUGGUGUAACGAGAGACACCGAACAGAAAACUGGUCAGUCUUCACCCGUUCGAAGUGCAAUAUAAGGAAGCCGAAGCGUGUUCUCGUCACGUGACUUGGUACAAUGGUAUUAUAUAAUCCCGAUUUCCUGUGUGUGCUUAAUGGAGCAUCUUUCACUAGGGCUUGUGAAGGGGCACUCUCUGGCAUCCUUAAUUAUUCCCUUCUUUCUUUGCCCUUCCUUAUUAUUUUUUUCCUUCUGUAUUUAUUUUCAGUUUUUUUCUAGGAUGUAUCAUACAAUUUCCCUUCUUGUCUUUCUUUACUAGAAUGAGAUAAAAGUACUUAAUCAUAUACUUAAAGAAAUGAUGGAUAGAUAUAUAUUACACAUUCUUUACAAUUGUUUUUUUUUCUAUGAAGGGGAAGUACUUAUUUGAAAUGACAUUAAAAUUCAGCGCAAACCGAGAGAACGUGAAUUUGCCCAUCACUACAAUUCAUGUAUUUCCACAAGAAUGUAUUUUCAUUUAUCAAUUUUGCAUAAUUAUUUUUCAUACAUGAGUACAGAAUCUUUAGCAACACAACAAUGCUAGAAAUGUGUGUUGAUGUCCAGGUUAUUGAUUAAGAAUCAUUUUUAUAUGUGAAAUAAAGACUUACCUUUAUAA